UGUCAGCUUUAACCACACCCAGAACUCGGCGGAGUUUUUACCCGGUCAGCUGCCAUGUAAUGGAAUGAGGUUCCUGAACAAAAAACCGGACUUCCGAGUAGGAAAUGAAGGCGAUGUGAGAUUUUUUUUACAACUUUGGUGAGCCCCGAAUCGUUUGGACAAUGGUCGGUAAAGAGGUGGACGGAGGAGACGCAGUGUCCAGAUCCGAGAAGGACCAGAGCUGGAUCGCGUCUGUGAUCAAGAAAAGAGUGUGUACCACGUUUGUUGAGGAUUCCUUCAGCAACGGUGGCCUGUGUCAGUGUGGGAGUACGAGGGACAGCCAUGCCUCAGUCACUCUGAAUGAUUACUUCAGCACAGCCAUCGUCAGUCACUGGGAAAGUUCUCAACACACAUCAGAGUCUCCUACGGACGCUUAUGGAGAGGUGGCGUUUGCAGGAGCCAGCAAGAAGCUCAGCUAUUUUCUGCGUCUUUCCUGUGAUACUCCCCCUGCUAUUGUUUAUUCCAUCUUGACAAACCAUUGGGAUUUGCAACCUCCAAACCUGGUGGUGUCAGUAGCCGGCAGCGGGGGGAGGAUUAAGGUCAAGACCUGGGUGCGAGAGGUGUUAAGGCAGGGACUGGUCAAAGCAGCCCAGAGCACAGGAGCAUGGAUCUUAUCAGGAGGACUGCGAGAGGGUGUUGGCAGGUAUAUAGGCGAAGCGGUGAGGGAUCAUGCUAUGGCCGCAUCCUCAGUUUCCCUCUCUAAGGUAGUGGCCAUAGGCAUAGCUCCGUGGGGAAUGGUAUGCAAACGAGAACAACUCACCAACCCAGAGGGCAGUUUUCCAGCCGAGUACUAUGUUUCGAAAUCAUCCCGAGACUCCUGCUACCUGGAUAACAACUACCAAGCAUUUCUCCUCGUGGAUGAUGGGAGUGUAGGCCACAGAGGUGUGGAGGCUGGUUUCAGAGCCCGGCUAGAGACCUACAUUUCCUCCCAGCGCACAGGAAAAUUAGGAAGCGGAAGCAUGGACAUCCCUGUGCUGUGUAUGCUGGUGUCAGGAGAACCUUACAUGCUCGAGAGAAUGGAUCUCUCCUUGAAGAAGUCUCUCCCCUGGUUGGUCCUGGCAGGCUCUGGGGGACUGGCUGACUUGAUAAGCGACGUUCUGGACAACAUAUCAGCCGCACCGAGCAUGCCUGGGGCGGGGUCUGAAGGCGAAGGGGAGGCGGCUACUAAAACAGAUCUCAGGAGCAGAGUAACAGAGAGAGUGCUGAAACACUUUCCCUCAGAGCCGGACACUGAAAAACUCGUAGACAAGGUUUUGAGUAUCUGCCAGAGCAAAGACCUGAUCACUGUUUAUCAUGAAGAGCACGAGGGUUUAGACGACUUCGACACUGUGCUGCUGAAGGCUCUAGUCCGGGCGAGUAAGCAUCGUUCUGAUGCUGUUCCCAAUACCGAGGAGUUGAGGCUGGCUGUGGCCUGGAACAGAGUGGACAUCGCCAAGAGCGAGCUCUUCACCGGAAACAUCCAGUGGGGGAAAGAGGACCUGGAGAGCUUCAUGACCGAUGCUCUGGUGAACGACAAGCCCCAGUUUGUACGCCUUUUUACCGAAAAUGGGCUGAACAUUCUGGACUAUCUUACAUACGACCGCCUGGAGGAGCUGUACCACUCGAUCUCAGAGGGAUGUCUGGCCUACACACUUCUACACCGUUACCUGGCAGAACGUCUGGGGGCCACCAAUAUCAGCACUUCUCGCUCUGUUACCAAUGUUGCUAAAGACAUCUUCAACCCAGUCAAACACGUGACAAUUUACGAGGUGUCUCAGGUCCUACAGUACUUGCUAGGUGAUGUGUGUCAGCCGUUCUAUUAUAAAUGUCUGGAUUUGGAUGGUGUUGCUUCCAGAAGGAAAGCCACCAAGAAAAUGUCUACGACCUUGCGCGGAGAAGCCGGAUAUCGGAAGCGUAGGUGCGUUCACCCGUGGGCUUCACUCUUCAUCUGGGCCGUGCUGCAGAACCGCAGUGAGAUGGCCGUGUACUUCUGGGAAAUGAGCUCAGAGUCGGUAUUGAGUGCUCUGAGUGCUUGUAAGCUGCUGAGAGUUCUCUCCAGAUUAGAGACCGAGACUGAGACGCAACUCUCCAUGAAGGACCUGGCUCAGAGAUUUGAGAACUUGGCCCACGAUUUGUUCAGCAAGUGUUACGAGAGCAGCGAGAGCCGUUCUUUUGUUCUGCUGAAGAAAAAAUCGCUGGUCUGGAAGGGCACUACGUGUCUGAAGAUGGCCAUGGAGGCAGAUGCUCGUCUUUUCUUCAGUCACGACGGCGUGCAGAGUCUGCUGUCUCAGAUCUGGUGGGGGGAUAUGGACAAGAGCACAGAGGUCUGGAAGCUCAUCCUCACUCUUUUUGUUCCUCCUCUCUGCUACACCAAACUAAUCUCCUUCAGAGAGGCGGAUGAUGCGGAUGAUGGGAGUUCGGAGGAAGUGUCACAGCGAAAGGAAAUGGACUGGCUCUACGCUGAAACCGUCUUCUCUUUCUCAGACAUGAAGCGCAUUCAAGCAAAAGCAGAAGAGUCGAGUCCUGUUAGACACACCAUAAAAGGUUACCCGGUCAGACCUGUCCGUCCCAAACUGCCUUUUGUGUUGUCACGCUGGAGACAGUUCUGGUACGCACCGGUCACUGCCUUCCUUGGCAACGUGCUGAUGUACUUCCUUUUCCUGCUUCUGUUUGCCUAUGUGCUAUUGAUGGACUUCAAGCCUCCACCCCCAAGGGGCCCGGCCUUCUGGGAGCUCCUGCUGUAUUUCUGGGUGUUCACCAUUGUGUGUGAGGAGAUUCGAGAGACAUUCUUUGUGGGAAACAUGACAUGUAAGCAGAGGAUACGACAAUAUGCUCAGGAUUUGUGGCACAAGUGUGACCUCAUUGCCAUUUCCCUCUUCCUUGUCGGCAUGUGCUGCAGGAUGUUCCAGAAAACGUUUUGGCUCGGCCGUGCUGCUUUUUGCCUCGACUACAUGGUGUUCACCCUCAGACUUAUCCACAUCUUCGCCAUUCACAAGCAACUUGGGCCAAAAAUCAUCAUAGUGGGCAAAAUGAUGAAAGAUAUUUUCUUCUUUCUCUUCUUCCUUGCCAUAUGGUUGUUGGCCUACGGAGUGGCUAAUCAGGCUCUGAUGUACCCCUACGACUCAAGUGCUGAUAGGAUAUUCCGCCGCAUAUUCUACAGGCCAUAUUUACACAUCUUUGGACAAAUUCCUGUGGAGGAAAUUGACUCUGGAUAUAGUUGGGAUGUAAAUUGCACAAACAAUGCAACACUAGUUAACGCAGAUACAGAACCGUGUAGAGAAGCGCAUCAUAACUGGCUUGUGGUCAUCUUACUCGUCAUCUACCUUCUGGUCACCAACAUCCUGCUCAUUAACCUACUCAUCGCCAUGUUCAGUUACACCUUCACCAAAGUGCAAGAACGGAGUGACAUAUACUGGAAGUUCCAGCGCUUCAACGUGAUCGUGGGGUAUCAUUCCCGCCCGUGCCUCGCUCCACCCUUCAUCAUAAUCUCCCACAUCCACCUCUUCAUCAAGCGGAACUUCCGCAAGGUGCCAUCUGAGAAGGUGCACCAGUUUGCUCUGGACUUGAAGGAAAAAGCCAACAACCGGCUAAUGACAUGGGAGAACAUUCAGAAGGAGAGCUUCCUAUCUGCUGAGGGAAAGAAGUUAAGAGGAAGUGACACGGAGAGGCUAAAGCGCAUGUCUGUCAAAGUGGACGGUGUUCUCAAACAGACGUCUGAGAUCAGGGAUUUGGAUCGCAGAUUAAGAACCCUCGAGUCCGAGAUGGAAUUCUGUUCAUCUACACUUCUAUGGAUGGCUGAUGCUCUCGCUCAGAGCGGCAUGCUAAAAUCCACUAAGCCUCUCCCCACCCGGAAAGUAAAUCCAUCCACACCAGAGAGGUGAGAACGGCUCCCUCAUCCCUUCAUCUCCCUUUUUGCUCUCGUCCACCUUCCAUCGUCGUCUUCCUUUGCAUUUCUAUUUAUUAUUUAAAAGGAAAAAGGUAACAUAAAAGGGAGACAAACUUUGAGAAAAGGACAGCAGAAUAAAAGUUUUCUGCAAGAAUGCUGUCUUUCCUCUAACCUCAACCAGGCCAUCCUUAAAGGAGAAGGAGUUCACUUCCAGUACAAAAAUCUACAGAUAAUUUCCUCAGCCCCUUGUCAUCCAAGACGUUCAUGUCUUUCUUUCUUCAGUCGUAAAGAAAUGACAUUUUUUGAGGAAAACAUUUCAGGAGUUUUCUCCAUAUAGUGGACUUAGUGCCCGCGUGUUUAAACUUCCAAAAUGCAGUUUAACCAUCCCAGCCCUGGAAGAAGGCUCUUAUCUAGAGAAACCAUCGGUCAUUUACUUAGAAAAAUAAAUUGUACACUUUUUAGUGUGGAGAAGGAGGACUGCUCUGAAGUUGUUGCACGUGGAAUGACACAAAGUCAUAGAACUUUGUCAUUCCACAUGCAACAACUUCAGAGCACUCCUCCUUCUCCACACUAGUAAAUACUGGGUCUGUAGUUCCAGAAAAUGACCGAAGCUCCAUUUAAACUGCAUUUUGGAAGGUCAGACUUGGGGGCACUAUUGAAGUCCACUAUAUGGAGAAAAAUCUGAGCAUUCCUCAAAAAACAUCAUUUCUUUAUGACUAAAGAAAGAAAGACAUGAACAUCUUGGAUGACAAGGGGGGAGGAAAUAAUCUGUAGAUUUUCGUUUUGGAAGUGAACUUCUCCUUUAAUAAACAACAGAGUCGAUUCUUUCUAUUAGUGCAUAAGCUGUGUAAUGCCAAAUGCAAAAAUAAUUCCCAAAUCUCUUCUUUUUGUCAGUAUUGGGCUACAAGCCAAGCUGAAAAGUUCAGUGUUAUCUCGUUUUACUUUAGUUAGACUUAAACUAACAUGGCUAAUAAUAUCAUGUAAACUUUUGAAUAAAGUAAUUUGAGAUAACCUGUGCUUUAUAAAUUUGCAUUAAUGGGUAUCUCAGGGUCUAUAAUAUGUAGAGUUUGUAUGAUAAUUCAUCAUUUAAUUAACAUAUAUAUGAAAAUAUCGUUGUGCUACAUUUUCUCCUCUGAAUUAUCAUCAUUGCCGCAGCAUUGUUGUGCGGAUGCCACCUUGUGGUCCGUAAUAGUAAUUACAAUAAUGUUUGUGUGCUGCUUUCAUGAGCUAGCGGAAUUAUCGUAAAUAAGAGUUCGCACAUGAAUUUACGACUGGGAUAGUAAUAAUUCUGAUACCCGAAUUUCCGAUGUCGUGAACUUUCAGCAUGGCUGAGACAAGCACAGUUUCUUUUCUGAAUUACGGGUUCUGUUCCUUUUCCUUUCUGCUUUGUUUAUAUUCAUUGAUGUCUAUUAGCAUGCUGUACAUUUUUUACACCGUGAAUGUAGCUUGUAUUCGACCACAAUUACAUAAUCGUCAGAAAGAAAUAAAGAAAAAAAGAACGAAGAAAUAUUUAUGAAUAAAUCUGGAGUUGCCGAUGUUUCGUAUUCUUUCCGACAACAAAGCAUGACUUGUAAUUAAGUGAGACGUAUAAUUUCAGGCACACUUGAAGGCAGCGUAGAGUAUUGUGCUCAAAUAACACACACUGAGAAUCAGUGUACAUCCUGGUGAUGACUGUGUAUCAAACACAUGUAUAUUCUUCUGCCCUUUUGCUCACAAUCAAAUAUUUUAGACUUUAAAUAGCUUAUUAGAGAUAGAUAUACUUGUUAAUAGCGAUUAAAUGAGUUAACUUGGUUAGUGUUGGGUGUUGUUUUGUUUGUAAGCAUGAGGAAUGGUCAGUUUUGUAAAUCUUUGGCUCACACACACACACUGCUGUAAUGUCUGUACAAUGAAACACCUCCAUGCUGGUUUUCUACCUCUUUCCACAGAGAAGCUAUAUUCAUACACUGUUCAGGGCAAGUAUUAAAAGACACUGAUGCUGUUACUGAUGAAUUGUCUUUUUCUCUGUAUUUAUUUUGUUAUGAGUGCUAUUAUUAAUAUAACUCUGUAAUGUGCUGGGAAUCCCAAAAGUCAUAUGUAGAGAAAAUAAAGAUUUCCUCUGA